ACAUCAGCCCAUCUCAUGGUCCUCACUUGAUCUCAGUCUGGGGCUUUAUAGGGACCCGAAUCCGCGGCGAAAUGCCUCCCAAAGAGCCACAGCUGACUGGACCUCGAGCACCGGCCGCAGCUAAAUGAGACUGGAGCUGCGAGGAUGGAAAUGUUGCUGAAGGGAAACCUGAGCAGAGGACUGGCGCUCUGCUUUCUGCUGCUGGCUCUUGUGCAUGACACCACAGGCCAAAGAAGAAAGACAGGACGCAGGAAUAACUACAGGCUGCAUGAUGAUGGAGGAAAUGGUCUGACAUGUUCACUGGAGGUGGCCUUCAUCCUGGACAGCUCUGAGAGUGCAAAAAUAUCCCUAUUUGAGAGGCAGAAGGCCUUUGUGUUGAGCUUCAGCACCCGGCUUUCCAUGCUGCAGGUAGCCGGCUGGACACUGAAGGUGCGAAUGGCUGCACUUCAAUACAGCAGCUCCGUGUCCAUCGAGCACAGAUUCUCAGCGUGGAAAGACCUGGAUUCAUUCCACAGUCGAGUCAGCACAAUGAACUACAUCGGGCACGGCACCUACACCACCUAUGCCAUCACCAACGCCUCGCAGCUGCUGGUGCAGGAGACGCCGGUGGACAGCGUCAGGGUUGCUGUACUGAUGACGGACGGAGUCGAUCAUCCCCGUAACCCAGAUGUGAUAGCGGCUGCUGCAGAGGCCAAAGGUCACAGCAUAAAGUUCUUCGCCGUCGGGUUGUCGGAUAUCGCCCAGCAGAGUCAGAAUAACGCCAAGCUCCGCGCCAUCGCCAGCACGCCUGCUCAGCAGUUUGUCCAAAGUCUUCUUGACUCUCAGCUGGAGGAGAAGAUGCUUAAAGAGAUGGGUGCAGUCGCAUUUGAAGGGUGUCCACAAGCCCAAGUGUGCUUGUGUGAAAGAGGAGAGAGAGGCCCUCCAGGAAGUCCUGGUAGAAAAGGAGACCCAGGCUUCAGAGGGUCACCUGGCUCAAAAGGAGCAAGGGGGGAGCCUGGCUUGAACGGUCGACCUGGAGGUGACGGUCCAGAGGGCCGUCCAGGUUAUAAGGGCAACAAGGGAGAGAGAGGAGACUGUGGCACUCCUGGAGAAAAGGGCGACGCUGGACCUGAGGGACCUCCAGGAUCACGAGGACCAAAAGGAGAACAGGGUGCGACAGGACCACCAGGAGACAUGGGACCUGAGGGCCCAGCAGGAUCUAAAGGAGACAGAGGGCCCAACGGUGCACCUGGACCGCCAGGAGACAUCGGUAUUGGAUUCCCAGGAGCCAAGGGUGAAAAAGGGAUUCAGGGAAGACCAGGUCCCACAGGUCCUGUUGGAAUAGGAGAACCAGGACUGUUAGGACCACCGGGACCACCUGGAGCACAAGGAAACCCUGGACCUCCUGGAGAAGGGUUUGCAGGACCGAAGGGUGAUCGGGGGUACGACGGUCCGAGGGGCAACCGUGGGCUUCCUGGCAUCGGGGUCAAAGGUGACAAGGGCAAUCGUGGACCGCCAGGAAUCCCAGGUCCAGUUGGAGCUCCUGGUUUAGGACUUCAAGGAGAAAAGGGUGAUCAGGGCCCAGUUGGACCCGCAGGACCCAGAGGAAUUCCAGGUGUAGGGAUUCAAGGACCCAAGGGGAAUCAGGGCCUCCCAGGUGAGAUUGGACUGCCAGGUGAGAGAGGUGUGGGAGAACCAGGACCCAAAGGUGACCCCGGGGCCGAGGGGCUGCCAGGCAUACCGGGUCAGCCAGGAGACGACGGAGCCCCGGGACCAAAGGGUGACGUUGGGCUACAGGGGCCCAGGGGACCUGACGGGGCUCCUGGUAAAGGUGUCCCAGGAGAGAAGGGAGACAGAGGGGACAGGGGCUCUAGAGGGCAGCCAGGUGCAGUCGGUCCUGUGGGGCCGAUGGGGCCGAAGGGGGAACCAGGAAGUGUGGGGCCACCAGGGUUAACUGGACCCCCAGGCCGGGGUAUACCUGGUGCUAAGGGGGAAUCGGGUCUACGAGGUCCAGCUGGAGCUGUGGGAGAGCCGGGAAAUGGUUUGAUUGGACCCAAGGGCGACAGAGGGCCACCGGGGCCUGCUGGGCCACCCGGGCUGAAAGGCGACGGUUUCCCCGGCGCUCCGGGACUCCCGGGGCCUCCUGGCCUGUUAGGAGAGGUCGGACCAGAGGGCGUGGGAUUACCGGGACCAAAGGGAGACAGAGGCCUGCCUGGACCUACUGGACCUGCCGGGCCACCAGGAAUCGGUCUCAUUGGUUCAAAGGGUUCAGUCGGCCAAAUAGGACCUCCUGGUCCACAGGGGUUACCCGGGGAAGGAAUACAAGGACAGAAGGGGGAGCCUGGAUUUCAGGGGAUCCCCGGCCCCAGAGGUCCUCCAGGACAAGGUCUGCAGGGAGACAAGGGCGACCGAGGCUUCAGAGGGGAGAAAGGCAAGAAGGGAGACCGAGGGGAGGCCGGAGAGCCGGGGACCGUCGGACCUCUGGGCAGGGUGGGACAGAAGGGAGAGCCCGGACUCACAAGGGAUGAAAUCAUCAAAAUAGUGAGAUCCAUAUGCAGCUGUGGGGUGACGUGCCGCCAAACGCCCCUGGAGCUCGUCUUCGUGAUCGACAGCUCAGAGAGCGUCGGCCCUGAAAACUUCAACGUGAUCAAAGACUUUGUGAACGCGCUGAUCGACCGCGCCUCGGUCAGCAGGGACACCACGCGGGUCGGCGUGGUCCUCUACAGCCACAUCAACAUAGUGGUGGUCAGCCUCGGGCAGGAAGCCACCCGCGAUGAGAUCAAGUCCUCUGUGCGCUCCAUGGUCUACCUGGGCGAGGGCACGUUCACGGGCAGCGCCAUCCAGCAGGCCAACCACGUGUUCAAGGCGGCGCGGGCAGGCGUGAGGAAGGUGGCCAUCAUCAUCACCGACGGUCAGGCUGACAAGAGGGACUCGGUGAGUCUGGAGAGCGCAGUGACGGAGGCUCAGGGGAGCAACAUCGAGACGUUUGUGAUCGGGGUGGUGAACGAGAGCGACCCCCUGUACGAAGAGUUCAAGAAGGAGCUCAGCUUCAUGGCCUCUGACUCUGACAGCGACCACGUCUACCUGAUCGAUGACUUCAAAUCCCUUCCAGCUCUGGAGAAAAAACUGCUGAGUCAUAUUUGUGAAGACGGAAACAGACGUUUGUUCAGUUCCGUCCCGAGCUCCAGACUCCCUCCAGGAAUCCCAGAGGUCUCCGGCAACGUUCGGGAACCGUCGUACAGGACGGACACGGACACGCCGACCUUCACCGGAGACUUCAGGAGAGUUCAGAUGGUGCCCGGUGCUCCAGCGUCUCACCCCGACAGGGAACCGGUCCCUCCGCUCAAACCCAAGACGGACGACAGGACCGCCUCAGAAACUCAGAGGUUUCCGUUCUUCGACAGGGAGCCCUUCAGGCCGGUGACAGAGUUCCUCCCACAGCUCGACACCAACAACCCCACACAUCGCACGGUGCUGACCGGAGCCAUGGGACCGGCUGCUCCCACUCUGAAGGCCCCACCUGAGAAGAAGACGCCGCCGCCGCCGCCGUCUCCACCGCCUCCUCCCUCUGACGCCUACGCAUCAGCAGAGCGCUGCAGACAGAUCCUGGAUCCAGGACCGUGUCGGGAGUACGUGGUGAAGUGGUACUACGACGCCACAGCCAACGGCUGCGCUCAGUUCUGGUUCGGAGGCUGUUUAGGAAACGACAACCAGUUUGAGACUGAGAAGAGCUGCAGGGAAACCUGCGUCAAGGUCUAACCUGCACCUGCCCGUAUGGAAAUCAAGCUCAGAAAACAUUUUGCUCUUUCCUCACACGUGACUUUGCCAAACAGUUCACUUCAGUGCCGUAGUGCUUCUCUUGUAGCUGCCUUGACAAGGAUAGGGAGACGUCUUAAACCAAAUCACCCUGAAGUGGAGUUUUAGUUUUUAAAUUAUAGCAAGUUAGGCAUCAUGAAAUGUUGUUUCUGUUGGCCAGGGGAAUUUGUUUUGUGCCUGAACCAAGCUAAUGGAGAGAAAACAGCUCAUCUGAUGCUACUUCUGAGCAGUUCUGUUGAAUAAAAAAUAAUAAGCUCCGACUCUGUAACCACUAACGUUUCUAUUACAACAGUAACCGUUUUGUACUCUCAGAUGCAAUGAUGUAUUUUUUUACUAUGAAAGGUCCAGUGUGCAGGAUUCAGAGGACUCUUAGCAGAAAUACAACAAUAAUCAUUAUGUUUGAAUCAUGCUGUAUUGUCUAAAAACAAGAAUAGUUGUGUGUUACCUUGGUGCUUUUCCACAGAGUCCACCAUGUUGCGCUGCCAUGUUCCUACAGUAGCCUGGAAGGGACAAACCAAACUCUACAGAGGGUCUUUUAGGGUUUUACUGGCCACCGUAGAGUCUCUUUCAUUCUCAGAACAGAAGGAUGAGUUGAGUGGUAUUCAGCCAGCGGUGGAAGAAGUAUUCAGGUCCUUUAUUUAAGUAAAAAUACCAACACAGAAAAAAAAAAAUCCUACUUAUGUCACUGUGCAAAUCAGCAAAAUGUGUUUAAAGUAUGAAAGUAAAGGUGCUGGUUUAGUCCCACUGACUGAUAUGUUGUUAUAUCUGACAUUAGAUUAUAAAUAUUGAAGCUUCAGUGUGUCAGCAGCAGGUUACGGUUUAGCUGCUGCAGGUUUGAAUGACUUUACAUCCAGUUUUAUAUCCAGGAACAGCAGACGAGUCUGACGGCUGGACGCAUAACUAAUGGGACAGAAGAGGAGAAAAAAAAUAAAAUCUGUUCAGUUUUUUAGUUUUACUGUAAUAUUUAGUUCUUUUUUUUUUUUUUUUUGGUGCGAUAUUAGAUCAUUUAAACAUUUAUGGAAAUGAAACCAUGUGAGAAACUUAACAGAGAAAAUCUAUUUAGUAGAGCUGUUAACAACAGACAUCUGAAAUGGGACCCAGACUACACACCACUGGUUUAAUCUUUAGCCUAUAUGUUGGAUUUUAAAAGCUUAUUAAAUGAUUAAUUGUGUAAAAUCUCCAUUCUAAAACGAAUGCAGUAGAAGGUACAUUACUUGUCUCUGAAAUGUGGUGGAGCAGAAGUAUGACAUAGCAUAAAAUGUAAAGUAAAAGUACCUCAACAUUGUACUCGAGUAGAUGCACAGCUUGCAUGCAGCUGGUUGCAUUCUGCAGCUUCAACACUAGAUGCCACUAAGUUCUACACACUGGGCCUUUAAUGCUUGUGUUUUUUUUAAUACCAUGUAAUGUCCUUAAAUAAAAAACUAAGAAAAUAAA